GUCAGCAUAUUGUACAUGUAUUUAUUGAAAAGAAUACAUUUAAAACUUCUUAAAAUAUACAUAACUAACAUUAAAGAUUGGUUUGUAGAAUAUAUAAAUUCAUGCUUUACUUUCUUAGGUUCGGGAAAGAGUAUAAAAGAAUUCGAUCUGAAGGGCUUGAUUUCAGAGGCAACUGAUUCUAACAAAUAUUUCCGAUACAAUGGAAGCCUUACAACUCCUCCUUGCUCUGAAGCAGUCAUAUGGACCGUUUAUGAAACGCCACUCUCAAUAUCUCAGGCUCAGCUGGACAAGUUUUGGAAGGCUAAAGAUAGUCAUGGAAAGGCACUAUCAAAUUUUCGACCACCUCAGUCAAUAAAUCAAAGAAAAGUCUAUAGAAACAGCUCUGGUAUGAGUAAAGCAUUCUCAGUAUUGGUUGUCUUUUCCAUUGUUUUAUCUUAUCUUAGUUAAUUGACUCUCUAAUGUUGUUUACAUUACAUUUUAUAUUUUAUAAUAUUAUUUUCUAAAGAGAAUUUAGAGCUAUAAGUAUGUUUGUUUAUAUAUAUAUAUAUUCUAAACAAUAUAUGAAAAUGUAUUUACAAAAUACUAAAAUGUGUUAUUAUUAUUCUCAGCAACAUUUGUCCCAUCGAACAAUAAAGAAAGUUAUCAGUAUUAGUUCCUCUUCAAAACUCAUGAAGGUCACAAGACCGAAAUUAGAUAUGGCUCGAAAUGACUUUCACCAAUCAAUUGGCACAGAAAUUAGUUGUCAACAUUUCAGGCAGUAUUGUUUUGAUUUAUGAAUUCUCACAAUUCUUAGGCUGGCUUGAGUUGAAACCACAAAGUAAAACAAUAAAUAAAAAUAUUAUUCUAACAGUAAUUAAUAGAACUAAUUCCCCUUCGUGCUAUAUGCAUGUGAGUUCUGUCGAAAUGCAAAUUUUAAGCGAUAGUUCUCUGCAAAACAUUGGUUGUUACUAAAAUUAAUCAUUUACAGAAAAUUUUAAAAUGGGAUGAAAUCAUGGACAAUAUUUACAAGAGCGAUUGCCUUAAGAAAGAUUCAUUGUUAGCAUUUACUUAGAUGUUUCAUUAAACAGAGCGAUUAUAAAUAAUUUCACCAGAAAGGUCUUUAUUUUUAUUGUUGAUUUUUUGAAAUCCUUUGGAACUAAAUAAAUAUGUUGGUAUGUUCUUUUUAAUUGGUGCAGUUUUUGUUUCGAAAAUUAAAUUGAAACGUACUGCUUAAGAGCAAGAAAAGCCCCUACAAUUCUGUUUUACUAAUAUUUAUUCCCUUUAAAAAGUAUAUACAGUUUUUUUUACUUUAUAACAAUUUUCACAUCUUUAUUUUUUACACUUUAAUUUUAAAGUUUUUUACGUACAUUUGAACUUGAAAAUAAAUUUUUUAAAAAUAUAAA